CCGCGUCCUCCCGCCGGACCGUUAUCCGCCGGCGCCCGCCAGACCCGCCGGCAAGAUGCCGCGCUCUUUCCUGGUCAAGAAGCAUUUCAACGCCUCCAAAAAGCCCAACUACAGCGAACUGGACACACACACAGUGAUCAUUUCCCCGUAUCUGUAUGAGAGCUACCCCAUGCCUGUCAUACCACAACCAGAGAUCCUCAGCUCCGGCGCCUACAGCCCCAUCACCAUGUGGACUACGGCAGCCCCGUUCCACGCCCCGCUACCCAGCGGCCUCUCUUCUCUUCCCGGAUAUGCCUCAUCCUUGGGUCGAGUGAGUCCCCCUUCUCCAUCCGACACCUCCUCCAAGGACCACAGUGGCUCAGAAAGCCCCAUUAGUGAUGAAGAGGAAAGACUGCAGUCCAAGCUCUCAGACCCCCAUGCCAUUGAAGCUGAAAAGUUUCAGUGCAAUUUAUGCAACAAGACCUACUCAACUUUUUCGGGGCUGGCCAAGCAUAAGCAGUUGCACUGUGAUGCCCAGUCCAGGAAAUCCUUCAGCUGUAAAUACUGUGACAAGGAAUAUGUGAGCCUGGGCGCCCUUAAGAUGCACAUUCGGACCCACACCUUACCUUGUGUCUGCAAGAUCUGUGGCAAGGCGUUUUCCAGGCCCUGGUUACUGCAAGGACACAUUCGGACUCACACUGCCUCUGCUCCAGAGACUGCAAACGGGACUGAGACUUUGGAAAGUAGAUUCGGAAGGUUUGGUCUCAAAGAUCAGUUAGAAAAUCAGGAAAGAGGGGAGAAGCCUUUUUCCUGUCCGCACUGCAACAGAGCAUUUGCAGACAGAUCCAAUCUGAGGGCUCACCUGCAGACCCACUCUGAUGUAAAGAAAUACCAGUGCAAAAACUGCUCCAAAACCUUCUCCAGAAUGUCUCUUCUGCACAAACAUGAGGAAUCUGGCUGCUGUGUAGCACACUGAGUGACGCAACCAAUGUUUACUCGAUCAGAACGCAUUUCUCCACUCCGACCAAAUGAUAAAGAAAAGUCCAAAGGCAUUUUCUCUUGUGCGUAUCGACCAAAUAAUAUGUAUAGACACACACACACACACACACACACACACACACACACACACACACACGAAAAGCUGCAAGAGCAUGGAAUCCAUGUGUUUAAAGUUAAUCCUUUCCAUGUGAAGUUUGAAAAGUACUAUAUAUUCACUGACAGCUAGAUAGAGAGAAUAAAAGACAAGGAUCUUUCUCUUCAAAGGUGAAGCAAAAAGCACAUUGUAUCUUUUCUGACUAAGAAAGAAUGCAAAGAUUUACAUUGCUGCCAAAUCAUUUCAACGGAAAAGAACAGUAUUGUUUUGUCAUAGGGUUUGUAACAGGAUUUCUUAUAGGAAGAGAAUCUGCCAGACACUAUCUCAGGUGCCUUAUAAACUGUUCCAAGUUUACUUCAUUACAUGUCUAAUGUCUGGUUACAGUUGUUGAACGAAAGCUUUUUUUUUUUUUUUUUUUGAUCGCCUGUAAUGCUUUAAGCUGUCUUUUUAGGGGAGAGAGGAAGAAAAAGGACAAGAACAAAACACAGGAGACCGCAUGAAAAGUGUUUUUGUUUUUGUUGUUGUGUUUGUUUUGCCAAUAAACAGUAUGUGCCUUGGGGAGGAGGGCAAGACUAGCUUUGAACAUUCCUGGUGCAUGCUUCAUCCAUGUCUUACUUUUCAGAUAAUUUUUAAUGAUUUUAUAAAAUUAAUUAAAGAUGGGAAUAAGUGCAAGAAAGGAUUCUCAGAAACUCAGUAAUGUACUUAAACUAUUUGAAAUGCAUACAGCAAAUGCAAUCUAUACAACACCCUUUCCAAGUGCCUUAAUUGUAUAGUUGCUGAGUUAAUGUAAAUUUGUGUUUAUUUUUAUAUGAUUGAAUGAAUUUUGUAUGAAAAUGAGAUGUUUUCUAUAGCUAAUGUUGAGACUUGUGAAAUUAUGUCUCUUUUUUAAAAAACAAUUUUCAAUGUCCUUUUUUACAAUAAACAUUUUUGACUUAAAA